AUGGGUCUGUCGAUCAGCGAGCUGCACGACGAGAUCCGCCGCAUGCAGGGACUCCCCCCGGGACAGAUACACGGAGACCCCUCACGCUGGCCACUGCACCUGAAAGACGUGACGCUGGCGGAUAUUCCAGCCAUCAAGGCGAUGCCUUCGGCCAAAACUUCAACAGCCGUUGACCUCAACCGAGCACUCGAAUACCUCGAAGAAGGUAUCUUCAGGUUUUAUCACACGGCGAGGACAAUCUCGUCGACGAAAAUGCAGCAAGACGACCUCCUGAUGGCGGUACGGAAGGGGAAAUUCGAAAGGUGCCCUGUGGGUUUCGAACAGCCAUUGGCGGCAGACACGCAUUCGAUGGCGGUUUUUUGGGUACCAGAGCACAAGGGCAGGCGCAGGUUAAUUACGCAGCCAGCUCUGAACGGACCCGUUAGAAAGGAAACAGUGCCGAAGAUCCUGCGGCCGUCGCGUCUAGGCAUUCGACAAGACUUGGCGGCGGCACGGUAUAUGUUUCAGAUCGAUUUCGACGCAUUCUACGAGGCCAUUCCGCUUCCCGAGUCGGUUCGGAACUUCUUCGUUUUCCGCGUGCGUUCGCAAUUCUUCCGUUGUUGCACUUUGCCCACAGGCGCACGUUGGAGCGUGGCGGUGGGGCAGGCCAUCACUUCCAAAAUUGUUGACAUUGAUACCCCCGUCUUCAUCCACACCAUGAUCGACAAUAUCUUGAUAGCGGGAAGGAUAGGCCAAGAAGGAGCAUUCUGCAGUGCUGUACGAAGGAUAGUAGAACGGAUCAAAACCGCUCGUUUGAAGACGACCCCGUCGACGGAAGAGGUAGAAGCGUUGUCGGACGCGAGGCUGCUGGACCUGGCGAAAGGCCCCAACACUUUUCUGGGGGAGGAGUACGAGUGGAGAGAGGACCGCCGGGUGGUGAGAAACUCGGUGAAAUCAGUGGCAAAGCUCAAGCUGGCGUUGCAAAAGACCGCGUACACAAAUCGCCAGUUUGUCAGCAUGAUCGCGUUGAUUAUGUACAUGCUACACACGACACGCCUCAAUCCCGCAGGAUCGUACUACCUCAUGUCGGUGUACAGGGGUAUCUUCGCGCAGGUGGAUAGAGGGAGACUGUGGGACGAACCGUUGGCUUUCGUGUCGGAAAAGGCUAAGGAGGCGCUGGCGACCCUGGGAGAGAAGCUGCUCCGCAACGAUUGGUGGGACAUAGCACCCCGAAUCGCCACCCCGAUGGAUGACAGCGCGUAUGACCUGAUCGUGUACACGGAUGCGUCGCGCAUGGGUUGGGGAGCUAUUCUGUCGUGGAGAGAUGGAACGACUGAGAGCAUGCAGCAGCGUUGGUUGUCGGAAGGCCAACCAGUAAAUGAAGAGGGCCUACCUGCAAAAGGGCUUGCAACACAUUUUGCGGCAAAGCAUUCGGCACACAGCGAGCCCAGAGCAGUCGGAUGCAUAUUACGGGAGCUACGAAGAGAAGGUAUACCACGUGGAACUCGAAAUGCCAUCGUCACGGAUCACAGCGCCAUCGCCUACGCACAGCGUCGGCUGAACGGUUUUGGGGGCAUCGGAAGGGGUUAUGCCUUGAACAAGCUGUAUGAGCAGACUAACCAACUUUUUCACGAAGAAGGUGUGGUCGUUUUGUUCUUCUAUAUCAACGAAAAGAGUAACCCGGCUGACACCUUCUCGCGGAACUUUGGGGCUGACGUAGAGGAGGGGGUGCUGAGGCGUCUCAUAGACGGGCCUAGCCUACCGCAGUUAAUCCAAACCGCGGCUUUUGGGUUGGAACGCGCAGAAGUGCGCACUGUGGGGUUCGAGGCUUCCCGGCCAUAA